AUGAGCUUUAGCUUUGAGGUGUCUGUCAUCGUAACAGGACUGUCAUCUCUAAAAUUGAAGACUCGUAAUGAUUCUCUCGAUAAUCUAAAUUUACUGUUGAAAACCUCACCAACUGAGGUUCCCGUGAAAGCGUUCUCUCCCAUAUUGGAUGCUAUUAUAACCAUUAUAGAGUCCGAAAAGACUAGAUAUGAAAAAACCAGAUUAGAGAAUGGCAAGGAUGCUAGGAUAGAACUAUACGAGAACAGAUUGGGCUCUGCCGCUUACACUUUAAGGUUGUUUGUGGAAAGAAAUUGUGAAAGAUUCAAACCUAAACAUAUCAAACUGUUAUCUAUGACGUUAUUUGAAUUGAUGACUAGACCACGUUCAAGAUCACUGAUCACAUCCGUGGCAGAUCACCUAACUUACUCUCUUGUGGCUCUAUGUGGUUCCCCUGUUUUUCAAUGCAAUUUUGAAUUGCACCAAUGGAUUUCACUUUCCCAUGAUAUCAGCGAUGCAGUAACAUACCAUCUUGAUGUUUCAUAUAAUGAUAAAAUAAUAGCGAACCUUCUCCAAACAUUACUAGAGCUCUUUCAAAUCGACACAAUAGGAAUUGAGGACAUUGCUACUCCUGUCGUAAGAAUGACAAUCAAAUAUCUUACUUUGAUAACAAAGGAAAACACUAAUACAAGAACCAUACUAACAUUGGUCAAUUCAGCUAUAUUAAGACUACAUCUGAUAAGAUUUCAGGACGUGAUAAAUCUUAGCUAUUACACAAUUAAGCAUCUACUAAGAAUUAAAUUAACCAAUGAAAAUAAUAUAGGGGAGAUCGCGAGAUUCAAUUUGAUGAUAUCAGAAGUGCUGUACAAUAAAACUCCGAUAAUUGUAGGCGAGGACAAGGAUCAGUCAUAUGUUAACAAAGAGAAAUUGCUCCCUGCGCUUCAAGACUAUUUGAUUCAUUCGUUGAAACAAUACGAUCAUACAAAGUUCACACUAGACUGUGUUACCUUCAUAGAUGGUCCUGCAUCUUCAAAAUUCAAUUGGUAUAGCUUUUCUGAUAUUUGCCAGAAUGAAAAGAAUUGUCUAGAAGAUAUAUGGCUUUAUGCUCUGUCUCUGACAAUGAUGCUGAAAGCUAAUUACCAAUUCCUAGAAUAUAAAGAGAGUUCUUUAGCCGGAGGUUCACUACUUUUUAAGAGAAGAAAAGUAAAGGAUACAUUCGCCCAUAUGUUAAAGGAUUCAUUGACAUACGACGAUUUCCUUUGUAAUUGCAUUGAUAGUGAUUCUAUCAAAAUCAAGACAACCGGUUUGCAUAUUGGAUUGCUUUAUCUUUCAAUUUUUGACUGUAGUAACAUUGAGUUGUCUCAUUUGAAAGAGGAAUUGUUUCGGUGCUCCCAAGAUGUUAGAUUCAUGUUAUUAUGUCUCAGUUGUUUCAUUCCGAUGUGCUCUCAGAGCAAAAAUUCAUUCAGUCCGGAAGAGGAAAUACGACUGUUUAAGAUGUGUGUACCCCUUUUGAAAACAAGUAACGGGUGCAAAACUGCUUGUAGUUUACUCUACAAAUUAAUUGAAUUUCAGUUAGAACCAAUUAAAGACAAGAGUGUGCUACAGCAAAUGUCAGAUCUGUAUUUGUUAUCUGAUGUAAAUGGCCCUGCAUUAGUUUGUAAUGAAUCUUUCAAAUUUUGGAUGCAUCUUCACUAUUAUGCAAAAACCUUUCAGACCGUUAAAAGUCCGAUUACGUACGUUUUUUCUUGGCUAUACGCUAGGUGGGAUCAGCUUUUUACUCUGGUUGUGUCGGAAACGCACUUUUACGUAUUUGCAUCCUGGUUAUGCGGCUGCACGCAUACUACUUUCCCCACUUUCGAAUAUAGUAGGCCAUCUUUAUUUCAUGACACAUGGAUGGGUUUGUCUGAGGAAAGGGCAAGUAUAACUGGCUUCUCCUUAACAAUUAGAACGAUUGAACUGCGAAAGCAAAAGUUUGCUCCUGUUUUCUGCGAAGAAGCCGAACGUGUGAGGUUCAUGUACAAACUUUUUGAUUUAAUUGAUGAAAGUGCAAUUUCAGCUACUUUCAUUGAUAGGGCAAUCCAGGUGCUCCGUACCAUCGAAAGUCUCGUUGGCCAAAGAAACUACACCGACUACUUGUCAAGAUUUAAAGAGAUAUUCCUUUUAUCAUCCUCGGUUAUCGAUUUUGGUCAGAACGCUCAGAUUUUCUCGGUAAUGGAAGGCAUGAUUUCACUCAAAGAUUCUUUACUUCGACACAUCAUUAUGGAUAUUUUACCAACAGAGAAAGUUUUAUCAACCUUUAUGCAGAGGCUUGCAGAACAUACUCAGCAGACUUCACAUCAGGAUGAAUUUUUAAGUCACCAUGCAAAGCCUGAAGCAGGAAGCAUCCCUAUUUCCGAAAUGAUAGAAAUAGGUUUUGAGUUCGCACUACAAGUACAUUCAGUAUCAAAAGCAUUUGAUCCUUUAUCAUCAUUUAUUCUUUAUUCGAAAAAGUUAUCAUUGCCAAUGCUGAACAGAACAUUGCCGAAUUUGAUUACAUAUCUGGAAAACAAUGAAAAUGAAAUUCCAACUGCCAGCCUUGAAAGACUAACUCAAUUCUUGGGUUCCUCACUAUUAGCUCCAAGCUUUGACACAUCUUCGACCUCAAUGAAAUUACUGACAAGAUAUCUUGAAGGAAUAUCAAAAUACUGGGUUAUGGAAGAUCGAAGUCAAGUUCUGACUGCCGACUGCAAUGACAUUUUUGAUUGGAUUGUGACACAAUAUGACGAAUCAUCGUUCAGCGGUGUGGAAGCUUUAUAUGAGCUCGCUCGUUUUAUGACUCUUUUAUUGGAAAAGUACAACCUCUCCAAUAGUUCCAUAUCUGGAGGCAAACAAAGAGUGUUCAAGAUACUCAGUGGUUGCAUUACUAGGUUGCCGAAAUACUUGACGAACAGGGUAGUAUCUCUGCUCGGAACCUAUGUCAAAAGGGUUGGUGUUACUAAUCAACGUAUAUUAUUCAAAGAACUACUUCAGAGAUUCAAUCCUCCUCAAGAGUCGGUUGAAACUGCUGCAUUUUUUUCGUUGACAUGUACGAAAUUAUCCCUUAUCAAUGAGUUUUAUUUGCUCAACUCUAUCUUACAUCUGUUAGAUAACACAAACUUCUCUCAUCUUCUCUUAUAUGUUGAAAAAAGUUUGGAUACGAUCUCAACUUUUUAUGGCCUUUGUUCUAAACAAGAUCUCUUUCAUCAAUGCAGAUAUUUUAUUAUAGACCAGUGGUUUACAAAGUCUGCCAAAUCCAAGAUAUAUGAACCGAGCAUAUGGAAAGUGGAACUUUUUGAGUUUGAGUUUGACGAGUUUUGUAUCAGAUAUCAAAUGGAGCUAACGAGUUUUUUCUUCGCAAAAUCAUCAACCUACUAUUACAUUAUAGACCAUCUAAAGAAAUUACUGAACUUGAAACAAGAGGCGCUUCUUACUAAAUACAUAGCUCCUACUAUUGCCUUAUCAUAUGUUGAUUCAGGCGUGAAAGACCUCAUCUUUGAUAUAGCCGCGGACCUGUUAGGCCGAAAAUUCCCAAACGUUCUCACUAUUAAUUUGGAUGACGUCAUUUACUACUUUAUCAAGUUAUCAGAUCUCUCCAACCUUGCUACUUCGUUGACCUUUUGGUGUAAAAUUUUCAAUUCGAGCCGAUUCACAAACAUGCUGCAUUAUAAUUCAUCGAACUGUAUGCAGCUGAAUGAUAAUGUUGCAAUUGCCUUUCCAAUUGUCUAUAAAGUGUUGAAAAAGAAUGUUUUUACUGAUAUUGAUGAUGGAAGAAGCUUUGAAUAUGUGAUACAAAGACUUGUUAUGGAUUUACAAAACUGCGUACUAAUUGAUCAAAAAAUUCGUGUGUUAAGGCAAAUAAAAUUAUUAGUAUUAUUUUUUGAGCAUAAGCUAACUUUGUUCAAAGAUAUCGAUUUUUUCCUGUUGGAACUAUCGAAGUUUUUAUUCAACGCCGACAUUUUUUCAGAAGUGUAUGGUUUCAUAUUGGAUUUACUUGAGUUUUCCGCGAACAAUAAAAUGGAUGUUGCCCGAUCAUUGACAGAACUCAUGAGAUUCUGCUUUACUGUAACUGAUUCAAAUGUCAAAAAAACGUUAUUCCCUAAAGUGAAUCCAGUUCUGUUCAACUUUUGUGUUUCUGAUGGCAAACAGCUGUAUGCUACCUGUUAUGCGUUAUUAACCCUAGAAACAAACUCUUUCGGAUGGAAUGAUAUUGCACAAGUCUUCAAAUUCCAGGAAGUCGACCGAACUUCGGUCUCUCUUUUAUCUGACCUAUUUGAUAAUUUUGAUUAUGAUGGGUCGUUCGACGCAAAUUUAAUCUCUCCCACUACUAUUCAGAAUUUGAUAUCUAUACCGCGAGAUAAUGCAAGAGUUUCCGAUAAAUUCAGAAGGUGGCUUGGAAAUAUUCUAGGUGAAAUUGUUUAUACAAGGCCUUACGAUCACAUAAUUCCACAUCAUUGUUCCACACUUGACUUGGAAUCUGGUAUAUCUGGUCUACUGCAAAUUUUAUGGGUACAAUAUCAGAAAGCAGACGAUAUAAGCCUGCGUUUUCUGCUUGAUCAUAUCCAGUCGAUUAUCUUACAGGAUGAAUCUGUCCUAGCAGAAAUCAGUUCUGACAGUUACUCUUCCUUGGUGAAUUUAAAAAACUUAACUGAUAUAAGCUGGGAAAAAUUUGAGAACUGUCAUGGUAUGCUCAAUAUUAAACUGGGUGAAACCUUCUUAACCCUGACUUUCACUGACAGAUCUUGUCACUAUCAAAAGUGGAUUUCCGCCUUUAUAUGCAAUAUCUUACUUGUGAUUGUUGAAAAAUUCCCUUCUUUCAGAAUUUUAGCGUUGCUGUGUGAUAAUACUGCGUUCCUUCAUUCGGCUAUCAUAUCACAGCUAAUUAAAAUACUGCUUGUAAGUUUCCCUAAGCAACGCAGCUCUUUCCUCUCCGAUAUCUUGAAUAGAGCAGAUGAAAUUUUUAAGACAGAGGAUCGUACGUUGAAAAUGGAAGUUAUCACGAAAGUAUUCUCUAUUAUUAGAGGAAUGGCAUUGAACGGUGUACAAAAUGCACUUUAUGUUUAUGACAAAAUUAAACUCCAGCCUGUGAUACCCAUUAUGCUCUCUCUCGGAUCAGAGAUUUGGUCCCUCAUGAUAUAUGAAGAAUUUUAUGGAGAAUACUGCACUGGAAAAAUGUUGGAUUAUGAAUUACUGUAUCAAAUAUAUUCCAAAAUUGACGAAAAGGAUCUCUUUUAUGGACUUCCAUUAUCAUCUUCACUAGCAUCUUCUCUGACCUUGAUUUCUAAAACAAAAUUUAAUUCAUACACCAAUUUUGCAUUGAGUAAUGGUCGGUUUGAAGAGGGGCUAAGAAAUAAGGACUCCUCAUGCUUGCAUGAGUUUGCUUCAGUCACAUCAUCGAAUGGCUUUACAGGUUUGGCAACGAUGCUAGAUAGUAACUUCGAAAAUCCACUGCUUUCUGCAAAUCAAUAUUCAUGGGCUCUGAAACUAAAUAAAUGGGAUUUGCCAAUUCCAGAAGCAAGAGAUUCAUUUGCCAAGUCUGCAUUCAGCAUUCUUAAGGAUGUAAAAGAAAUCCCUGAUUUUUUUUCAUUUGAUGAUCACAUUUUAAAGGUGAUGGACGGUGGAUCUUUACUUAAGAAUUCUCAACUAAACCUCGAAACUAUGGAAUCCUUAGGUCUACUCGUUUCAUUAAAAAAAUUGGGAUCCGCAGAUAUGAAUACUCUUACAACAUUGAACAAUUUACGUGUCCAUGACACCCUUAAUGCAGACUAUCUUCCCGAAAACGUUUUCGAUAUUUUACAUUGGAGUAGGCAUUUUUUCAUCGAGUCAAAAAUUAAUAAUACCUCUGUCAUCGAACAUGCUCCAGGAUCUAAUUUCACUCUUCAGCUGGCAAAAAUCUUAAAUCUGGUUCAUGCCUCUACAUUUUGUAGAGAUCAAGGAAGAUUUCAAGAUUUGAUUAAUAUUGUAAUGACUCUCGAAGCAGCUGUCGACGAUAUUACAAAUAAUCCAGCAAUUGGUCCCUCUGACACAAUUACAUUGUUCUGCAAAAGAAUAUCAACCGUUGAAUCUGCCAGGAUGCUUUGGGCGAACAAAGAAUCUGCAAUGGCAAUCAAUAUGUUAGAAGAUUUACUCCAAACAAAUCUUACUGCGGUGAAUGUCGAGAAUGUAAGUCUUGCAGAUGUUCAGGAUAUUCUGAUGCCGGAUGCUGUUGUUGAUAGCCAAUUAGUAGAAUGGUCAUCCUUUUCUAGGCACAGGAGUCCUGAUGUCAUUUUUAAUGAUCACAUUUUAUAUUAUGAACGUGACGUCUUGAACAUUAAUGAACCCAACCUCCGGUCUUCUAUAUGUUAUACAUAUGCUGAGUUUUGCUAUAAACAAAGUCAGAAGGUAGAUGAAGGGGAACUUCUAUACUUGAAGCAAAAAAUUGCAAAGGCAAGCAACCAGCUCCAAGAAAUUUCCAGCAUUUACAAAAACCCUAAACUGCGUGAUGCGGAACGUAAAGAGGCCAAAAGACACCAUAAUAGAUUAUCUUUGCAAAACCAUCAUGACAAAGAUAGAUACAACAAAAUAUCCUCUUCAAGAAUCGCGUUUGUAUCUCAGGCCCUGCACUUCUUUCUAACGACUUUGGUACACUCUAACUCUAGAGAUGCUGAAGUCGUCGAUAAAUUUUGCAGCCUAUGGUUUUCGUAUUCUACUGAUGACAUUAUAAAUUCUAAACUACAAAAGGAAAUUGGUACAGUUCCAAGCUUUAAGUUCUUACCUUGGGUGAGUCAAAUGGCUUCUAAACUGGCUGAUUCAGUUUCACCAUUUCAAGACACCUUACAGUUAACACUGAAACGAAUGCUAUAUAAGUUGCCGUACGAAACUCUUUAUCCGUUGAUCUCGAUGAGCCUUCAAGAUUCGGAGUCCAAAGUAAUUGACCCAGUAACCAAAUCAAGGGUUGAAGUGGUUAAUAAAAUAAUUGCUGCUCUGGACAUGUACGAUAGUGGCCGAUAUGGUUCACAAUUUACUCGUCCUGUUCAAGCGUUUUGUUCCAUGUCUGUUGCUUUAGCUUGUCAUAAAAUUCCUCCUAAAAUGAAGUUUUUACAACUGGACACACUAAAUAUUGGAAAGUACUGGUUAGAAACCUUACCGAAAGUACAUUUACCUCUGCCUACACUGCCAGUCAAAAUCACAUGCUCACAGGAUGGACGCCGUGAGGGACGCAGCUAUAUUUCAAGUAUUGAUCCCAAAGUACUCAUUUCUUCAUCUGGUCUGUCACUUCCAAAAAUUGCAACUUUUACAGUAUCAGACGGGACCAGACAUCGUGUUCUUUUAAAAGGUAGCAAUGAUGACCUCAGACAGGAUGCAAUUAUGGAACAGGUUUUCAAACAAGUGAACAAGAUACUAAAGGCUAAUAAGACAACUAGAAAGCAAAAUUUAAGCGUUAGAACCUAUGAGGUAAUCCCCCUUGGUCCACGCGCGGGGUUGAUUGAGUUUGUUGCAAAUUCCAUGUCUUUGCAUGAUAUUUUAUUGAAUUUGCAUUGUAACGAUGAAAUCAGUUUCGAUAAAGCUAGAAAAACGAUGAAAGCCGCUCAGAAUCACAGUGUUGAGGAAAGAGUACUUACAUUCAGUCGAAUUACGGAGAAAAUUAAGCCUCAGUUAAGACGCUUCUUCUUUCAAUCUUUCGUGCAUGCACAUGAUUGGUAUGAAAGUAGGAACAGAUAUACUAAGAGCGUGGUAACAUCAUCGAUUGUCGGAUAUCUGUUAGGCUUGGGAGACAGGCAUCUUAAUAAUAUUUUGAUUGAUAUAAAAACCGGUGAACCCAUUCAUAUUGAUCUUGGAGUGGCAUUUGAUCAGGGAAAGCUAUUGCCAAUACCGGAACUGGUUCCCUUUAGACUAACAAGGGAUAUUGUAGACGGAUUUGGCGUAGCAGGUAUCGAAGGUUUGUUUAGAAAUAACUGCGAAAGAGUAUUUAAGGUGUUACAAGACGAGAAAGAGCGAUUAUUAUGUGUUCUAAAUGUUCUGAAAUGGGACCCAUUAUAUUCAUGGAAGAUGACUCCCUUGAAGAAGCAAAGAUUGCAAGCAAAGUUUACUGGUGAUUAUGAUGAGGAGGAAAUUAGUGUUUCCGAUGCAGAUUUCAGCGAGCUUUUAGAAGAAGAUAAUAAUAAUGAUGAAUCCAUAAGAGCACUAAAGGGAGUUGAAAGUAAGUUAUAUGGAGACGGUUUGAGCGUUGAAGCAAUUGUUCAGGAGCUUUUGUCCAGUGCUACUGACAAACAAAAUUUAGCGACAAUUUACAUGGGAUGGUCCCCAUUUUAUUAA